AUGGAGAUCGCGAAGCUGAAAGUGCUGCUCGCAAGCCUCUUUUUGCUCAAUUCCAUUCUCGGUGACAGCAAUGAGCCGAACGGCACUCAUCCCGAAGAUGAUAUCAUCCCGAUCCCCCGAUUCGUCCCUAAAGAGAAGCCCAAUUUCGACAAAAUUGGGUUCUCGCUGAUUCUCAUCUUGAUCCGAAAGUACAUGAUUGAAGUGAAUUGCUGGAAGAGCUGUCAUCGGUGGCUCCUGGAUGAGCUCAACGGAGAUGAGAAAUCUCCAAACGAGCGAUUCGCUGAUCCGUGCGAAUGCAAAAAGCCACUUGACCACUAUGGGGACGAUUGUUUUUCGGCGACGUGGAUGCUUCGAUUGAUGAGUGGAUCCUUUUCGAGCGAACCGACCGACCUUCCUGGCGUGUCCUGGCUCGGGCCCGGAGACACUAGAUAUAUCGAGAUGCUGAAAGCUAAAAACAUCAGUUUCUCGAAUUUCUUCUUCGAAAUGAGACGCUACAUGGUGGCCGCCGGUGGCUGGGAGAAAUGCCAGGACGCCAUUGCGCAUCUGAGCGAAACUGAUUUGAGUGCAACGUUGUCACCGAAGGACUGUACCUGUCGGCUUUUAGGGCAGGGAAAGGAAAGUCGGUUCUUGUAUGAUUUGUAUCUGCUCGGCGCUACGAUGUGUUAUCGUCUC